AUGCCCCCUCCACCUCCCUCCAAACCCCAUCCCCUCACCCCCACACCGACCAACUACCUCACCUUCGACACCUGGAACUCCUCCUCCACAGGCCACCAAGUCGCCGAUCCCGGAUCCUCCCGCGGAAUUACCUCCUGGCGCGAGACGAGACGAGAGAAACUCACCAGACAGUUUGGCGUGGGGAGAGGGGAUUGUACAUAUGACAGCGACAAUGGGGUGGAUAAUAAGGGAGAGUGGGUUCUUACUCAGGAGGAAUCUAUAUCCGCAGAGAUGCAGACGAGCAUGAAUGGAAGAAAGCAGCAGCAGCAGAGGGAUAUACGGAGUAUGUUUGGGGUGUCGAAACCGAAACCCCAACAACCUACAUCUAUACUAUCUAUAUCUAUUCCGCAGAAAGGGUGUGAGAUACUAUCAUCAUUGAAGAGAGAUGCUACGUCUUUGGAUAAUGGUGCAGAGAAAAAGAGGAUAAGAAUUGAUCACGAUAAUGAGAAUAAAACAAAAGACACAGACACAAAAUCACGAAACAAGAAUAAUAUAUCUACAUCUACAUCUACAUCUACCAUCUUCUCCUCCCUAACCAUCCACAUUAACGGCCAAACAACACCCACAGUCUCGGACCACAAACUCAAACACCUUCUUAUCUCGCACGGUGCAAAUCUCUCGCUUCAUAUGCAUCGUGGAGUCACGCAUGUUAUUCUGGGAGAACCUAAUGCCCAUUCUUCUUCUUCUUCGUUGAAACCAGCAAUAAAGGUAGCAGGGGCAGGAGGCGGUUUAGCAGCGGGAAAACUACAGAAGGAGAUACAGAGAGGUGGGUGGAAGGGGGUUAAGUUGGUGAGGGUUCAGUGGGCUGUCGAUAGUAUAGCAGCAGGGAAACGUCUCUCCGAGGCAAAAUAUGCGGUUCAAUUAAGGACUAACCAAAGGAGUGUGCUUGCAUUUACUUCGUCUACAUCUACAGCUACAUCUAAUGAUAUUUCAUCACUUUCAUAA